AUGUACCGCCUGAAUGCAAAUCCGUCCACACCGGAGGGCAACUCGUCUGCAGAAACACCAGUAUACCGCACUCCUAGAAGCACUUUUGAUCUUCUGAAACCUCCAAAGGAGGAGGUGGUAUCAUCAAAUCAGAAAAUGAUGCAAAGUGGCGACAUUUUGACAUCGGACAGAGCGGGAAAAAACUACCGUGGAAUAACGCACCUUGGCGUCAAGGAGAAAUCACUCGGCGAAUCGAAAAUCUCUUCUAUGAUGUUCGCGUGGGUUCCGAAACUUCGUCGUGCAAAUCAGUUCAAAGAAGCUUAUUCACAACCCACCCGGAGAUUGAAUUCGUUGCCUCUGAACAUUUUGACAGAACACCUGGGCACGAAGAAAAGAAGCACAACCGACACUCAAAGCUCCUGUGUACCAAUAAUCACGAAGGACGGCAUACAGGAGAAUGCCAGUGACAAAGAAUCAAGUUAA